ACAAUCUUGUUUACUUUUCUGAAUCAAAUAUAUAAACCCUCUCUUUUAAGUUAACUUAAAUCCCUUUCUUCCUCGCUUCGUCUUCACGCGCUUCUUCCUUCAUCCAUUUCUAAGGCCGUCAGCAUAUAAUCAAUCAGACAAUCACACGGAGGAAGCUCUACAGUACAGAUCAUCAAGCAUGUCUAUGUCCGAUUCUGAUUCCUCUUCUUCUUCUUCUUAUGCCGCCGACCACAAAAGUUUCAAGCAAAUUACCCGCGAACGAUUAUUACAUGAAAUGCUAAGGUCAGCAAAAACAGGUGAUUCGAAAUCGACUUGGAAGGUACUUAUAAUGGACAAACUUACUGUAAAGAUAAUGUCUCACUCAUGCAAGAUGGCCGAUAUUACCGAUGAAGGCGUCUCAUUGGUUGAAGACAUAUACAAGAGAAGGCAGCCCUUGCCCACAAUGGAUGCUAUAUAUUUCAUCCAGCCAACAAAAGAGAAUGUAAUUAUGUUUUUGUCAGACAUGUCUGGAAAGACACCCUUAUACAGGAAGGCAUUUGUUUUCUUCAGCUCAACCAUUCCUCGAGAAUUAGUUAUGGAGAUUAAGAAAGAUACAAGGGUGUUGCCCCGAUUAGGUGCACUGAAAGAGAUGAAUUUGGAGUAUUUUCCCAUAGACAGCCAGGGAUUCAUGACGAACAAUGAGAGAGCUCUGGAGGAGCUAUUUGGGGAUGAAGAGAAUAAUCGCAAAGGUGUUGCAUGUUUGAAUGUGAUGGCUCUGCGGCUUGCUACAGUGUUUGCUUCGUUAAGAGAAUUUCCUUUUGUUCGCUUCCGUGCUGCCAAGACACUAGAUCCAAUGACAAUGACUACUUUCCGUGAUCUUAUUCCCACAAAAGUUGCUGCUGGAGUGUGGGACUGCCUUAUGAAAUAUAAAAAAACUAUACCCAAUUUUCCUCAGACAGAGACUUGCGAGUUGCUCAUUCUUGACAGAUCUCUUGAUCAGAUUGCCCCUGUGAUACAUGAAUGGACAUAUGAUGCCAUGUGUCAUGAUUUGCUGAAUAUGGAAGGAAAUAAAUAUGUUCAUGAAGUUCCUGGCAAAGAUGGGGUACCACCUGAGAGAAAAGAGGUUCUUUUGGAGGAUCAUGAUCCUGUAUGGCUUGAGCUUCGCCAUGCACAUAUUGCAGAUGCAAGUGAAAGGUUACACGAGAAAAUGACCAACUUCAUUUCAAGAAACAAAGCAGCACAAAUCCAACAUGGAUCAAGAGAUAGUAAAGAAAUGUCAACAAGGGACUUGCAAAAGAUGGUCCAAGCACUACCACAAUACAGUGAACAAAUUGACAAACUCUCUCUCCAUGUAGAGAUUGCAGGAAAAAUUAAUAGCAUCAUUAGGGAGACAGGACUGCGGGAACUUGGGCAGCUGGAGCAAGAUAUUGUUUUCGGAGAUGCAGGAAUGAAAGAUGUCAUCAAAUUUUUUACUACUAAAGAAGACGCUACUCGUGAAAAUAAAUUGCGCUUGAUAAUGAUUCUUGCAGCUGUUUAUCCCGAGAAAUUCGAGGGAGAAAAGGGUAGAAAUUUGAUGAGGGUAGCACGGUUGACAGAUGACGAUAUAACCGCUGUGAAUAAUUUGAGAAUGCUUGGGGGACAGCCAGAUACCAAGAAAAGUUUGACUGCUGCUUUCGGUGGUCUUAAAUUUGAUAUCCAUAAGAAGAAGCGUGCUGCAAGGAAAGACCGUGCUGGUGAAGACGAGACAUGGCAACUAUCUCGCUUUUAUCCCAUAAUAGAGGAACUUAUUGAAAAACUUGCGAAGAAUGAUUUGUCAAAGGAAGAUUAUCCAUGUCUGAAUGAUCCAAGUCCAACAUUCCAUGGUUCACCAUUUGCUGGGGCUGCAAACCCAGUUCCUCCACCUCAGUCAAUGAGAUCAAGACGAACACCAACUUGGGCUCGACCACGUGGCUCCGAUGAUGGAUAUUCAAGUGAUUCGGUGCUAAGACAUGCAUCUAGUGAUUUCAAGAAGAUGGGGCGACGAAUUUUUGUAUUCAUUGUUGGUGGAGCUACCAGAUCGGAGCUUAGGGCUUGUCAUAAACUUACUGGAAAGCUGAAGAGGGAAAUUAUUCUAGGUUCAUCAAGUCUUGAUGAUCCUGCCCAAUUUAUUACGAAACUGAAGAUGAUGACCACACAUGAACUCUCACUGGAUGAUAUCCAGAUAUGAUGUCAUAUAUGAUGUUAUGGACUCGGAAACGAGCUUCAGAUAUGAUGUCUCUGUUGUAAAUUGUAAUAUAAUGUAAUCUUCUUGAUAUUGGAUAUUCUUUGGCAUUCGGCUUCUUGUGUUUCAGCCGAGUAACUGAAUGCAGACAGUAAAAAUAUACUCAGGAAAAUCUUAAUUGUUUACUAACCAAAAUAGUUGAAAUAAAUAAAUGAUUUAUGAACCGGAUCGUUCUGGUUUGAAACUAGUGCAUUUGCAGCCAUAAGAGGGAAAAAUAUCAAUUU